AACAUAAAGUCGCAGUUUUCUUAUAAGUUGGUUGGUUUUAUUUUAAAUUUUAAAAUAAAUUUAGUGCAACAUUGAAACAAAAUCUUUAACAAUUUAUUAAAAAAAACAAAUACAAAGAUACUUAAAUAAAGUGUUAUUACUUUGGAUAGAUAAAAUAUAAAACAGUUUUUUCACAUGGAAACAAAUUGAAAUCUUGUUUAAGUGUUACUAUAAAAAAAAGCUCAACUAAAUUCUUAUUGGUAUUUAAAUUAAACAAAUUAAGAAUAUGUUUAGCGAUAUUAAAAAAAUGGCAAAUUUUUUAUGAAAUAAAUGUAUUUUUAUUAAAAUAAAUAAAAAAUACCAAUACUACUUGUGAAUAUUACGUGAGACGUAGCUCGGGUUGCGGUAGCCAUUAUUUUUUGUGUUUUUUAUGCCCGAUUAGUUUUUUUAUGAGAGUAAACGCGAAUGAAUAGAAGAAUAAUAAAAUAAAACGAAAAAGAAAAAAAUAACAACUACAAAGAAGCUUAUAUAUACAUGAAAUUGUUGGUGUGUGGAGUAAGGAGUGGUACUGACUGCCUGCAUUCUAAUUGGUAUUUAAGUUAAGAAUGAAUAAAGUGGAAUAGAAAAUUUUAAAAAAUCUAUAAUUAAGCAACAAAAUAUUGCAGCAAAACCUGUUAGUUGCAAUAACAAUGUUGCCAACUUUAACGAAGUUGCUGUUAUUUAAAAAAUGAAUACUGAUAAUGCAAUUGCUAAUGCAACAACUCCUGGUGAGUCAACAACAGUGGCAACAGCAGCAACAUUAUCAAAUACUACAACAACAACUGUUUCAGCAGUUGCAACAUCUAAUGGCUAUGAUCCGCAACAGCAGCAGCAGCAACAACAACAAAAUCGUCAUUCGCCUUUACAACAGCAACAACAACAGCAACAACAAUCCCAAUUAAAUGAGUCGCGUGAUAUUUUAACUGUUGUCCAAGCAACGAAUCAUACAACUCCACUAUAUAUGUCUACAUCAAAUGUUAAUGGUAGCCAAAGUGCUGGUGGUAUCAACCACUUAACACCAAUACCCUUAACACUAGCCUCAACGACAGCGACAUCAACAGCACCACCAUCAACAAUUGUAGUUGAGCCCAAACAUGUUAUAGCACAACACCAACCUACUAUAACUUCUACAAAUCCAACGACUACAACAGCACCACCACCGCUAUCAACUGGGGAUGUGGCUUCAGGUUCAAUUGUUGUGCCCAUGAGCACUACUUUAGUGUCUGCACAUGAUACACAUUUGCUGCAUCAUCAUCAGCACCAUCAGCAUCACGUACAUCAUCACCAUCAUUUGAAUCAAGGAUCUGGUUCACCUUUGUUGCUUAGUAGUUCUGGUCCAACACCGCCAACAACAGGAACAAUUUUAGCAAAUAAUCCACAAAAUUUGGGUAAAUAUUGGGUUGUGACAAACUUGUUUCAAGGAGCGCCUGGUCAAGCGGCUCAAUAUAACGAGGCAGGUGUUAAUCACACCCAAACAUCUAUAGCAGGAGUGCCUUCAUCAACAUUAGUGCGUGCUAUAGCUACAACUGCAGGCAGCCCAACAGUGGUAACAAAAACUGAAACAGUUUCGAGCAGUGCAGGAACACUGCAAAUACCACAAACUCAUAUGUUAUCUCAAGCGGGUAUAGGGCAACAAUUGCCAAAUGGCACUAUUAUAACAACACAAGCUCAGCAACAGCAGCAACAACAACAACAACAGCAGCAGCAAAGACAUGUUGCUGAACAUCAACAGCAGCAACAACAGUUGCAUGUUCAUGCCUUAAAUGCCGAGGAUAAUCGUCAACAACAACAACAGAUGAACCAACAACAGCAACAACAACAUGUGGCUGUUUUACAAACAAAUGAUGCCAUAAAAGAUGAGAAACCUUUUGCAAAUGGCAAAAUAACUGCCACCAAUCAACAGAUCAUUAUGCAGCAUAUAUCAUCUGCUGCUACAUCUGGUACACCGGCUACCUCGGGAGCUACUACUAUUACUUUAGGUGCUCCUAAAACCGAAAUUAAAGAUGAUGGUAGCGUGGUCAUGAGUGGAAAAUUACAUCCUGGUAUUGAAAUGUAUAAAGUUAAUAUCGAAGAUAUAUCUCAACUAUUUACCUAUCAUGAGGUAUUUGGGAAAUUACAUGGUGAUGUCAUGAAUCAUCCUUUGGCAGCAGCUCAUGCCUCCUUACCGGCAACUGCAAAUAGCAAUAUUGCGGCCGCUGUUUCAGCCACUACCACUAGUGCGGCAGAGGUUAAUAAUACCACGGGAGGUGUGACUGUAGUUACUAAUAGUGUACCCAUAACAGAGUCCACCAGCACCAGUACAGUUGUUACGGGAGGUGUAGUGGCUACCACUAGUACAGCGGCUAACUUAACAACAGCCAUUGCUACUAAUGUCAAUACUGCAGCAACUGCUACAGCGACGACUGCUGGUGUUACAGCCGGUGGUUUACUAAUGCCGAAAAUGGAAGGUGGUAUUACAAAUGUAGACCAAAAUACAGUCACGUUGGCACCCGACGGCACAGUGGUGUCAACUGGUGAACAUGUUUGCGAUAUAUGCGGUAAAAUGUUUGCCUUUCGCUAUCAAUUGAUUGUUCAUCGUCGCUACCAUACAGAACGUAAACCUUUCAAUUGUCAAGUCUGUGGUCAGGGUUUCUUUACGUCUCAGGAUCUUACACGUCAUGGAAAGAUUCAUAUUGGUGGACCAAUGUUUACCUGUUUAGUGUGUUUCAAUGUUUUUGCCAACAAUGCCUCUUUGGAACGUCACAUGAAACGCCAUUCAACGGACAAGCCUUUUGCCUGUACCAUAUGUCAGAAAACCUUUGCCCGCAAAGAACAUUUGGAAAAUCAUUUUCGUUCGCACACCGGCGAGACACCGUUUCGGUGUCAGUAUUGUGCUAAAACAUUUACACGUAAAGAACAUAUGGUCAAUCAUGUGCGUAAGCAUACGGGUGAGACACCGCAUCGUUGCGAAAUCUGUAAGAAAUCAUUUACGCGCAAGGAGCAUUAUGUUAAUCAUUAUAUGUGGCACACUGGUCAAACACCGCAUCAAUGUGAAGUAUGUGGUAAAAAGUAUACACGUAAAGAACAUUUAGCAAAUCAUAUGCGUUCGCAUACAAAUGAUACACCAUUUCGUUGCGAAAUUUGUGGCAAAAGUUUUAGUCGUAAAGAGCAUUUUACUAAUCACAUAUUAUGGCAUACAGGAGAAACUCCUCAUCGCUGUGAUUUCUGUUCGAAAACGUUUACGCGCAAAGAACAUUUAUUGAAUCAUGUACGUCAACAUACUGGCGAAUCACCGCAUCGUUGUACAUAUUGUAUGAAAACGUUUACGCGCAAAGAACAUUUGGUCAAUCACAUACGUCAACAUACUGGUGAGACACCGUUUAAGUGCACUUAUUGCACCAAAGCCUUUACGCGUAAAGAUCACAUGGUCAAUCAUGUGCGUCAACAUACUGGCGAAUCACCACACAAAUGUACAUUCUGUACGAAAACCUUUACGCGCAAAGAACACUUAACGAAUCAUGUGCGUCAACAUACUGGCGAAUCACCGCAUCGUUGCAGCUAUUGCAAAAAGACUUUUACGCGUAAAGAACAUCUUACGAAUCACAUACGUUUACAUACCGGUGAUUCACCGCACAAGUGUGAAUAUUGUCAGAAAACCUUUACGCGCAAAGAACAUCUCAACAAUCAUAUGCGUCAACAUUCUAGUGAUAAUCCGCAUUGUUGUAAUGUCUGUAAUAAACCAUUUACGCGCAAGGAACAUUUGAUAAAUCAUAUGUCACGCUGCCAUACUGGUGAUCGGCCAUUUGCAUGUGAAACUUGUGGAAAAUCAUUUCCACUCAAGGGUAAUUUACUCUUCCAUCAACGUAGUCAUACUAAGGGUCAGGAAAUGGAAAGACCAUUUUCAUGUGAAAAAUGUCCAAAAACAUUUAUUUGUAAAGGACAUUUGGUAUCACAUAUGCGCUCUCAUUCGGGUGAGAAACCGCAUGCUUGUACUUUAUGCAGCAAAGCAUUUGUAGAAAGAGGAAAUUUAAAACGUCACAUGAAAAUGAAUCACCCAAAUGCUCCAAUGCCACCACCCCCAGUGCCACAUCCAGUUAUACCAGCAGGAGUUUUGCCCCAAAUUAAACAGGAAAUUAAACCGGUUAUUAGUGAAUUAAAUCCUCUACAAACAUCAGCUCCUACCAUGCACACCAUACAACAAAUAACAGCAGGAGCCACAGCAAAUACUGUACAAUUAACAACGGGUUUGACUCCGAUGGUAACGUCAACUAUAACAUCGCAUGCUGCACAAAAACAAACUACACAGCCGCAAGUACAGCAACAGCAAUUACAACAACAACAGCAGCAACAACAAGUAGUAACAACACACCAACAACAACAGCAGCAGCAACAGCAAGUGACCGCUCAUCAACAAGUUUUACAACAGCAGCAACAACAUCAGCAAAAUCAAUUAUUGCAGUUGUCAAUACAACAAGCAGCUGCGGCAGCAGCUCAUCAGCAGAUACAACAACAACAACAGCAGCAGCAACAUCAAGAGCAGCAACGCCAACAACAGCAACAACAUCAUCAUCAACAACAACAGCAACAACAAUCCCAACAGCAAGCCCAUCAUCAACAACAACAAACGGCUUCAAAUGUUACUGUUGUAGCAGCUGCUCACCAACAGCAGCAGCAACAACCAUCUCAACAACAACAAACUCAAACCCAACAGCAGCAACCACCACCACAAGUGCCAAUCGCUUUAAUACAAAACGAUCAGGAAGCUUUGGCCCGUGCCACCAUGCAACAAUUGCAACAUAUGCCCGCUAAUGUUGAACAACAUCCCGUUGUUUACUAACAAAAACAACAACAGCAAAAUAACAAUUCAAUUACUUGGUAGCAAACUCUGCGUAUCCCGCAAAGUCAUCGAUAGAAGUUGAUUUAUGAUUAAGGAAAGCACAUACAUAUAACCAUUUGAAAGGGCAAAAAGAGGGCCAACACUUGCAAAUAAACUACGAAGAACAAUUUCCGUUAAGGUUUAUUUAAUUUAAUUUUUCUGUUGGGUCGUUUUUGUUGUAUUUUUAUUUUUUUGUUAUUUCUAACAACUAAGAUUAUUAUAAGAAACUAAAUUUUAUUUCUUUUUAACUAAA